UAAUGAAAAGGGGACCAUGAUAAGUCGCGACUUAGAACAAUCUACAAUUACCAAAGGAAUCAGACGAAACAAACAAAAUGCGCUCAUCACGGAUUUCAAGAGAUGCUUCGAAACUAUUCGAUCAUACGGCUGAGCCCAUUUCACCUCCAAGACGAUUGACAAGGUCUGCGCUAGCCAAAUUCGCCUUUACCUCGACAGAAGAGUCCAAACCUACGAUCGCCGAUAUCGAAGACAGUGGAGGUCCUGCUCGCAAACGAAGGCGUGCCGUAGUGACUAAGACCGAAUUUUCGAAAUCCGCCCGAGUUGUAAAGCCUGAAGUGGUCGACAAAGCCCUUGAUGAUAUCCCUUCACCCCCAGCAAAAGCGCGACGGGUUCGUAAGCCCGCUCGCAAAGCCUUCGAUGCAACAACUGGCGUAACGAAGAUGGACCCUCCCUCAGAUUGGGAGGCUGUUUAUGAUACCGUGAGGAAGAUGCGGGCACCAGGCGGGCGAGCUUACGGUGCAGCUGUUGACACUAUGGGAUGCGAACGCCUGGCGGAUCGAAACGCAUCACCAAAAGACCAGAGAUUUCACACAUUGGUGGCGCUCAUGCUAUCGAGUCAGACAAAGGACACGGUGAACGCCGUGGUUAUGAGGAAGAUGCAAACUGAACUGCCACCGUUUGAACCCGGGGCGCCCCCAGGACUAAACCUAAAUAACAUACUGGCAAUCGACCCUAAGCUUCUGAACGAGUUCAUCUGGGCGGUCGGCUUCCAUAAUAAUAAGACAAAAUAUAUCAAGCAAACAGCCGAGAUACUCCGCGAUACAUGGGAUGGCGAUAUCCCCAACACCAUUGAGGGCCUCGUAUCGCUGCCGGGCGUCGGACCCAAGAUGGCCUAUCUCUGCAUGUCCGUAGCAUGGGGUAAACAUCUGGGGAUUGGUGUUGAUGUGCACGUACAUCGUAUCACAAAUCUUUGGGGUUGGCACAAAACGAAGAACCCGGAGGAGACACGAACAACACUUCAGUCAUGGCUCCCUCAGGAUCGAUGGCAUGAGAUCAAUAAUCUUCUGGUGGGGUUGGGACAGUCGGUAUGUCUUCCUGUCGGUCGCAAGUGCGGCGAAUGUGAUCUUGGCCUUGAAGGACUAUGCAAAGCUGCCGAUCGAGCAAAGGUGUCUGCUGGACGUCAGCUCAAAGCCGAAAAAGUUGAAUCGGAGGCCCGGAGCGACACACUGGUCAAAAUGGAGGUUUCACAGAGCAUUGUAAUCAAAGAAGAGGGUGGUGCAUGAUGGGUUCCCAGGUAGCCAGGUUCUCAUGACAGACGAUUAACCCCAUCAGCGGCCCCGCCCCCGGAACCAACCACCCCAUAAUAAUCCCCAGGAUCGAGUUGCCGGAGUGGCUGGUAGAAGUCGAUUCGACCACGUGUAUGAGCGCCUAUGAAGGUUGGCGUUGAGAACUGACAGAAAAGACUGCUAUCCAGACGCAUUAAUACCCAUUGGUACCCUAUUGUACAGAGGCAAAGUUAUGAGUCUCUUGCUGGCGCACUUCUGUGGUCCAGCCUAGGCGGCACUAUCAUAUGCGCGGUCUUGAUAGACGCUCACGAGUUCAGUCAUGGGUCCGAUACGAUAUCGGAGAUAAGCCGGUAAAACAAGACAGGGUCCUGGUGGUUCCCUGAAGUCGCAUUCGAGGCCAGGCUCGAGCACUACGUAAUCAAGCCAAGACAACGGAUCUUCACUCCAUUCUGAGUCAAGUAGUCGAGCAAUGUCACCGCCUCUGCAGCAGCAGUCGGCUCAAACCGUCCGUUGAUCGACAAAUUCCAAGGAUUACCAUAUCAAUGGACACAUAUCGCUUUGUGAUUGUGAUGAAUAAAUGAAUCAAUUCAGAGCCCGCUAAAGGAGGGGACAACGUCCCCUUAUCAUAUCCUGUACGCCAACGCACCCUCAACUAUCCGAAUAGAAAUAUACACCGGCGAAUAACGCUAUGCAUCUAAUGCAGAUGCUGUCUCGGAAUCCAAUUUCAUUACGUCGUGGCCGUCAGAAUGCGCAUUGCGGACCUUGGGAGUGACGCCAGUCUCCGGUCCGAACCAUGAUAGAUAUGUAAAAUGAUGAUGACUCUCGUUGGUCGAUUUACACACCCCGGAUAACCUGGGUUCGUUCCGACUCGAGUUGUGCAGCGUUACGCUCGUGAGACUGCUUCUUGCACUGCAUGUGGGUUAGCGGGUCUGCAACCGUGGGUUUGUAUGAUAUGCCGAACUUACGUCCUCGAGACCGGUACACUUGUGGUCUUCUAGUAGGCGGUGCUUGCCGCAGAAAUGACCUUGGCAAAAGGUGCAGUCGCCGACGAUCCGUUGAGCGGGCUCACGGCACGAAGCAGCGGUGCAACGGAUUCGCUUAGGAGGCAUGGCGUUGAUUCCUUUGUUGAAUUUGUAGAAAAGGUAGACUUCUGAGAGGUGAACUGGACAAGUUCUUGAGUCGGUGAGAGUUUAUGUUGGAAGCGGUAAGAGGCUGAGCCAAGUAAGGCGGUCUUUAUAGGAAAUCGAAUGCAGUGACGGCGUUUCGAGAAAUCCGUGGAAAGCAAGGACCAAAUCAAAGACUCAUUCACAC